CCCUCUCCACACGCCACCACCAACUUCUUUCCUCCUGUCCGAACCGCGCUUGCGCAGGUGCACGCAACGCCAAAAGGCCAAAGCUCUUCGGCGGCGCGCCAUGGGCACCCUCGUCGGGCACGUCGCUCCGGGCGCCGGCUUCCUCCUCAUCGGCCUGUGGCAGCUGUUCAGCCACACCCGCCUCUUCCUGCUGCGGCCGGGCUCGUACACGGCGCCGGUCUGGUUCCCGGCGCGCGGCGUGCGCCACCUCGAGCUCAUACUCAUCAUCGUCGGCACGGUGAUCUCCAUCCUGAUGGAGCUCGUCAUCGGCCCCGCGAAGCACCAGCCGUUCGACGACGACGGCACCAUCCCGUCCGACCACUUGCACAACUUCGAGCACGCGUCCAUCUCGCUGGCGCUGCUCGUCUUCGCCGCGGUCACCAUCCACCUCGACCGGGCGUGGGCGCCGAUGCGGGACGCCGUGUCGCAGCUGGUGGCCGCCGCGGCGUUCGCGCAGCAGCUGCUCAUCUUCCACCUCCACUCGGCGGACCACAUGGGCGUGGAGGGCCAGUUCCACUGGCUGCUGCAGACCGUCAUCGCCGUCACGCUCGCCACCACGCUGCUCGGGAUCCCCUGCCCGCGGAGCUUCACGGUGAGCCUGGUCCGGUCGGCGAGCCUCGUGUUCCAGGGCGUCUGGUUCAUCGUCAUGGGGGUAAUGCUCUGGACGCCCGCGCUCAUCCCCAAGGGAUGCUUCCUCAACCUCGAGGAAGGCCACGACGUGGUCCGGUGCCGCACCGACGAGGCGCUCGACCGCGCCAAGUCGCUCGUGAACCUGCAGUUCAGCUGGUACCUCACCGGCACCGUGGUGUUCGUCGUCCUGUUCUACCUCCACAUGGCUAAGCUCUACCCGGAGGAGCCGCAGUACUUGCCGCUGGUAAAGGGCGGCGGCGGCGACAGCGACAGCCGGUUCAGCAUCGGAGAUGACCACGACGACGAGGACGACCUCGAGGCCUCCAAGCGUGGCUUCGGGCACGUGGUGAGCGGCGCAAAGCCUGUCGAAAUCGAGAGGUGAAAUCGUAGCACCGUAAGGUUGGGAAACGUUCUUUCUGUGAUUACAGUGUGAUUUGGCUUCAGCGUUUGUGGUGAGAAAUGUACAAUUUGUACGUACUCCCUCCUUCCCCGUUUAUAAGGCAUACACGUAUAUCAAGAUUCAAACCUUCUCAUCUUUGACCAAUAAUUUGACUAUUAAAUUUUUGUUUUUAUAAUGCAAAUUUCAUAUGAUUGGAUUCAUAAUCAAAUAUAGUUUACAAUGAUUAUAAGCUUAUAAUCAAAAGUGAUAUAAUAUAUGAUAAAUAAAUGGUCAAAGUGUUGUUUAGAAGACCGUGUCAUGUUCCACCAUGCCUUAUAAACGGGGAAGGAGGGAGUAUUCUUUAGGGAACCGUGAAACAAGCGGUUUACAUACAGCUGAUACUUUCUCUGCGACCCUUGGAUUAAGGAUCCAAUGGCAGUCCAUAUUUGUCCUGUCUCAGGUCAUCCACGUCUCUCACUAUUCUAGCAAGGCAACCAAGAAUCCAAGAUCGGAGCGAUUGCGAAUGUUUUCAGUUGACUACGCAAUCGGAAACGUGUUUCAUUCAUCUCGCUCAUUAAUUAAACAAAUCCCUUUGCAAGUCGCAGCGUGACGUGCCCGAGCUAGAACCAACAGUUCCACCUGGCAAAUCCGCUCUAGACGUAUGUGCCGCCGCCGCUUUCCUUCGCCCUGAGGCAGCAUCAAACUUCUUCCCGGACAAGAAACCCGGACCACGAGCACGAGAAUUGACCUGUCCGGUCGACGACUGCUAGCGAUUCCAGUGAAAUUCACAUGACCAAACCCGUCGAUCUCCUCCCAUC